AUGAAAAAAGGCAUUGCUUUCCCUACUGCAAUUAGCUUGAAUAAUAUAAUAUGUCAUUACGCUCCUAUUGAGAGUGAGGAAAACGACCCUACUGAGGUUAAGAAUGGAGACCUGGUUAAAAUUAAUGUUGGUGCGCAUAUCGAUGGCUAUGCUGCAAUAGCUGGGCACACUUUGGUCGUUGGGGCCUCUCAGGACAAUAAAGUUACUGGUCGAAAAGCAGAUGUCAUAAUUGCUGCUCAUACUGCUGCAGAAGCAGUAUUGCGGUCGCUGAGGCCAAGCAUUGAGAAUUCAAGAGCCUCAGAAAUUGUCGGGAAGGCUACUGUGGAUUUCAACUGUCAUCCUGUGGAAGGGACUCAAUGUCAUCAAAUGAAAAGAAUGAUUUAUGAUGCAGAAAAAAGCAUAAUAUUCAGCCCUACAGAUGAGCAAAAAAAGACAGUUGAAAAAUGCACUUUCGACACAAAUGAUGUGUGGAAUAUAGACAUAAUGGUAUCCACAGAAAUAUAUAGUGAAAUUGCAAACAAGUUCUUGGCGUACCCUUUCAAUAUUCGUGCCCUGGAUGAUAUCCGGAAAGCUCGACUUGGUAUAACUGAGUGUGUGAAGCAUGAUGUUAUCCAGCCGCUCUCCGUGUACUGUGAAAAAGACGAUGAACUUGUUGCUCAAUUCCGAUAUACUGUCCUGCUCAUGCCUAAUGGUCCUAUGAAGGUUACUGGACUACCCUUUGACCCCUCCUUGUACAAAUCUGAGUUAAAAGUUAAGGAUCAAGACAUCAGGGAGUUACUCGCCCAACCUGUUAAAAUUCAGAGCAAGAAAAGAAGUCAAAACCAGAAUCUGGGACGUAAACACGGUAUAAUGAAUCCUGUUUGUAAUACUGACUUAUCUUUCGCAAUAAAAGCGGUUGUCAAAAGUAACAGCUUUUCAGGUAGCAUCAAGCAUAUGGCUUUCAAAUAA